AUGAAAUCGGGCGAUAUAACGCUUAGAAAAAGCACCAACGAGCUCGCCAUCAACACUAUAAGCCAAAUGACGAGCGUGAAAAAAGCGAAAGCAGAGAGAGAAGGGUUUAAUCCCACGAUCCAAUAUAAUGGGACGGAGAAAAGAAUCGCGAUCACGAACAAAAACGGGAAGAAUAUUAAAGUGUUGGCGAUCACGUACGAUGAAACUCUAAGCUUCUUUCAUCAAGACGUGUCGUUCUUGGAGGCCUCGACCGUUGAGGAAAGAAGGAAGCUCAGAGUGAAGGCGAAAAGGCCGAGUCUUUCCGCAACCCCACCUUCGUCUUUUCUCACUUUCACAUAUACGCUCGCUAAACCAAAACCCCCGACUAUGGCUUGCAUUGUUCGGGCGAGUAGAAGUUGCUUCGUUCGAUACGAGUUUUCUUCCGGGAGGUGGUUGUUUUUCGAAUACGACUCGUUGAGAGUGGAUAUGAUUUCCAUCGAGAAUUCCAACGGGUUUAAUCGAGACGGGAUUUUAAGCCCGAGUCCCGUGAUGGCUCGCUCGAGCGACUCGACCAUGGUGAGCUACCGAGCCGUGAGAGAGGAUCAAGAAGUUCGAUAUGUGGUGAAGAAUUCGGUAACUUGGUUGGUGAAUGGAGAAAACGAUAGUUCUCUGCUUAGCCCUUGCCAUGGAGGAGAGAAGCUCGACGACUCGAAAAGCCGAACGAGAGUCGAGCCCAGAAGUCGGCUCGUCGAGGAGAAGAAUCGGAGGGUCGUUUAUCACAUCGACCCCAAUCGACACUCGUUUUCUCUCUCCGCCCGAAAUUCCUCGAUUUUCUUCAUCUCCGACAUAACUCUCCGCUACAUGCUCGAGGCCGAGCUCUUGCAUUAG